CAUGGGCUGCUGGCUCAGCUGGGGCUGAUGGCCUUUCCCCCUUAGCACCCUGGUGGAACCCCCUUCCUCUUCUUUCCCAGACUGUGGCGUCCUGGAGUUGAUGGGAGCUGCAGCACCAAGCCCGGCCAGCCUCCCUCCCAGCCAGUGACAACAGCUCUGCAGCGCCUGGACCCCGCCCACCCGCCUGAGUCCUCUGCCCGGGUCCCCAGGGAUGCGCCUCCUCCUGAGAGUCCCCUCCAUCGUCCCUUAGAGGAACAGGCUGCCGCUGCACCCCCACCAGCCUCCAUUGCCCUGACCUUAUUUCCACCUGAUGGUGCCAGAGGCUGCUUCCCAGCCGGUAUCCUGAGAUCCUCGUUCCCUUGGUGGCUUGGUUGUUUCAGCCUCCGUUCUUGAUUGGGGGGCGGUGGUCUGGGUGUGAUUCCUGUGGGGGAAACCAGCCCAAGGUGCCUUGGCUCAGGCUUGCCUGGAGCCUCGUCAUGUACCCGUCUGUGGCCCUAGAAUCACCUCUUGCUCCUUUUCAGUGGGUUUCUCCCCAGACCAAGCCCCUGGAUUUGAGCUUCUGAGCAGCCAACUGUGAUUUUUUUCAUAAAGGAAAGAAUUUUGCUCCUAGAUUUAUUUCUAAUCCUUCUCUCCGUAACUGACCUUUUCUCUGUAGGCUAUUUGUGGCUCUAGUGAGUUUUUGCUUGCUUGCUUGUUUUUGUUUUAUCUUUGUCCUGAACAUCCAUCCUGGCCUCGGCUGCCUCCCUCCCUGAGUUCUGCGCUGCACCUCCUGUCUCAGCCUCCCAGAGAGGGUGGUGAGGGUGCUGAUGCCCAGAGAUACCACCCGGCGAAUGGACUUCUCCCGUCAUGCAGGGCAGGGCAGGGCUGCCAGCAGAGCCUUGUCCUGAACCCUAUCUCCUCGCCUCUGCUCUCCUUAAGGGUCUUUCCCAGAUGUGAAGGUCGCUCCCAGGCUCUACUGAGGCCAGACCAAUUCCCAGUGGCUUGGGGACCCUCGUUCACUCCAGCACCAGCCCCUGCCCUCCUGCUUCCUGUGCCAGGCUGCCAGGUGAGCCCUGGGCCGAGGGAGGUUGUCCCACGGAGGCCGGAAGGACUCGAGCUUCCCAUCUCCUCGCCUCCCCCAGGUCUUUCACCGUCUGGACUCAUCUCUGGGUAACUCAUGGUGUGAGUGGCCACGUGGCUGGCUCAGGUGAGUCCUUUUAGACCCCAGGUGACCCACCAGCUAGUCCAGGGCGCAUUGCCAUGCCAACCAGGAUGUACCCCGGGGUGUCCUCCCUGCACUUGAAAGGUCUCCUUCGUGUGCUGUUCUCCAUGGCCCCGUUCCCCCACAGGUGUUUGGAGAGUGAACGUCAGGUCCCCUCCUCCCCACCCCCGGCCUCUCAGAAACACGCCCAGCCCCACGAUGGCAGCAGAGACACUCAACUUUGGGCCUGAGUGGCUCAGGGCCCUGUCUGGGGGCGGCAGCGUGGCCUCCCCACCUCCAUCCCCUGCCAUGCCCAAAUACAAGCUGGCUGAUUACCGCUAUGGGCGAGAGGAGAUGCUGGCCCUCUACGUCAAGGAGAACAAGGUCCCAGAAGAGCUGCAGGACAAGGAGUUUGCCGCGGUGCUGCAGGACGAGCCACUGCAGCCCCUGGCCCUGGAGCCGCUGACUGAGGAGGAACAGAGAAACUUCUCCCUGUCAGUGAACAGUGUGGCUGUGCUGAGGCUGAUGGGGAAAGGGGCUGGCCCCCCCCUGACUGGCACCUCCCGAGGCAGGGGCAGCACGCGGAGCCGAGGCCGUGGCCGCGGUGACAGCUGCUUUUACCAAAGAAGUAUCGAAGAAGGUGAUGGGGCCUUUGGACGAAGCCCCCGGGAGAUCCAGCGCAGCCAGAGCUGGGAUGACAGAGGCGACAGGCGGUUUGAGAAGUCAGCAAGGCGGGAUGGAGCACGAUGUGGGUUUGAGGAGGGAGGGGCUGGCCCAAGGAAGGAGCAUGCCCGCUCAGACAGCGAGAACUGGCGCUCCUUACGGGAGGAGCAGGAGGAGGAGGAGGAGGGCAGCUGGAGGCUUGGGGCAGGGCCCCGGCGAGAUGGCGACCGCUGGCGCUCCGCCAGCCCUGAUGGCGGUCCCCGCUCUGCUGGCUGGCGGGAACAUGGGGAACGGAGGCGCAAGUUUGAAUUUGAUUUGCGAGGGGAUCGAGGCGGGUGUGGUGAAGAGGAGGGGCGGGGAGGGGGAGGCAGCUCUCACCUGCGGCGGUGCCGAGUGCCUGACGGCUUUGAGGAGGACAAGGAUGGGCUCCCAGAGUGGUGCCUGGACGAUGAGGAUGAAGAAAUGGGCACCUUUGAUGCCUCUGGGGCCUUCUUGCCUCUCAAGAAGGGCCCCAAGGAGCCCAUUCCUGAGGAGCAGGAGCUGGACUUCCAAGGGCUGGAGGAGGAGGAGGAGCCUUCCGAAGGGCUAGAGGAGGAAGGGCCUGAGGCGGGUGGGAAGGAGCUGACCCCACUGCCUCCUCAGGAGGAGAAGUCCAGCUCCCCGUCCCCACUACCCACCCUGGGCCCACUCUGGGGGACAAACGGGGAUGGGGACGAAGCUGCGGAGAAAGAGCCCCCAGUGGCCGAAGAUGAUAUUCGGGGGAUCCAGCUGAGUCCUGGGGUGGGCUCCCCUGCUGGCCCACCUGGAGAUCUGGAGGAUGAUGAAGGCUUAAAGCACCUGCAGCAGGAGGCGGAGAAGCUGGUGGCCUCCCUGCAGGACAGCUCCUUGGAGGAGGAGCAGUUCACAGCUGCCAUGCAGACCCAGGGCCUACGCCAUUCUGCAGCCGCCACUGCCCUCCCGCUCAGCCAUGGAGCUGCCCGGAAGUGGUUCUACAAGGAUCCGCAGGGCGAGAUCCAAGGCCCCUUCACGACACAGGAGAUGGCAGAGUGGUUCCAGGCUGGCUACUUCUCCAUGUCACUGCUGGUGAAGCGGGGCUGUGAUGAGGGCUUCCAGCCUCUAGGCGAGGUGAUCAAGAUGUGGGGCCGUGUGCCCUUCGCCCCAGGGCCCUCACCACCCCCACUGCUGGGAAACAUGGACCAGGAGCGGCUGAAGAAGCAGCAGGAGCUGGCCGCGGCUGCCUUGUACCAGCAGCUGCAGCACCAGCAGUUUCUUCAGCUGGUCAGCAGCCGCCAGCUCCCACAAUGCGCGCUUCGAGAAAAGGCAGCUCUGGGGGACCUGACGCCGCCGCCGCCGCCGCAGCAGCAGCAGCUCACGGCAUUCCUGCAGCAGCUCCAGGCGCUCAAACCCCCCAGAGGCGGGGACCAGAACCUGCUCCCGACGAUGAGCCGGUCCUUGUCGGUGCCGGAUUCGGGUCGCCUCUGGGACGUACAUACCUCAGCCUCAUCACAGUCAGGUGGUGAGGCCAGUCUUUGGGACAUACCAAUUAACUCUUCGACUCAGGGUCCAAUUCUAGAACAACUCCAGCUGCAACAUAAAUUCCAGGAGCGCAGAGAAGUGGAGCUCAGGGCGAAGCGGGAGGAAGAGGAACGCAAGCGCCGGGAGGAGAAGCGCCGCCAGCAGCAGCAGGAGGAGCAGAAGCGGCGGCAAGAGGAGGAAGAGCUGUUUCGGCGCAAGCAGGUACGGCAGCAGGAGCUGUUGCUGAAGUUGCUACAGCAGCAGCAGCAGGCAGUCCCCGUGCCCCCCGCGCCCAGCUCCCCGCCCCCACUCUGGGCUGGCCUGGCCAAGCAGGGGCUGUCCAUGAAGACACUCCUGGAGUUGCAGCUGGAGGGCGAGCGGCAGCUGCACAAACAGCCCCCACCUCGGGAGCCAGCUCGGGCCCAGGCCCCCAACCACCGAGUGCAGCUUGGGGGCCUGGGCACUGCCCCCCUGAACCAGUGGGUGUCUGAGGCUGGGCCGCUGUGGGGCGGGCCAGACAAGAGUGGGGGCGGCAGCAGCAGCCUGGGGCUCUGGGAGGACACCCCCAAGAGCGGCGGGAGCCUGGUCCGCGGCCUCGGCCUGAAGAACAGCCGGAGCAGCCCAUCUCUCAGUGACUCGUACAGCCACCUAUCAGGUCGGCCCAUUCGCAAAAAGACGGAGGAAGAAGAGAAGCUGCUGAAGCUGCUGCAGGGCAUCCCCAGGCCCCAGGAUGGCUUCACCCAGUGGUGUGAGCAGAUGCUGCACACACUGAGCGCCACAGGCAGCCUGGACGUGCCCAUGGCUGUAGCGAUCCUCAAGGAGGUGGAAUCCCCCUAUGAUGUCCAUGAUUAUAUCCGUUCCUGCUUGGGGGACACGCUGGAAGCCAAAGAAUUUGCCAAACAAUUCCUGGAGCGGAGGGCCAAGCAGAAAGCCAGCCAACAGCGGCAGCAGCAGCAGGAGGCGUGGCUGAGCAGCGCCUCCCUGCAGACGGCCUUCCAGGCCAACCACAGCACCAAACUCGGCCCCGGGGAGGGCAGCAAGGCCAAGAGGCGGGCACUGAUGCUGCACUCAGACCCCAGCAUCCUGGGGUACUCCCUGCACGGAUCUUCUGGUGAGAUCGAGAGCGUGGAUGACUACUGACCAGCCCGGACCCCCAGCCCCUGGGCUGUAGGCCAGGGCGGCUGCGGCGGCAUGGACCGAGGGUCCCAGCCUGCAGGCUCCCCACAGGGAGCAGAGGAGGAGGCAGGGGCGGGGUCCCCAGCACUUGUUACAAACACACGAUGCACCUUAACUCACCCACCACGAGGCACUUUACAGACUGGGGGAGGGGGUUUUCUUUUUAUUAUUUUUUUUUAAUUUUAAACGACUUUGAAGAAAAGUUAGGAGAGGCAAAAAUAUUGUUAAAAACUAGACUCUAAACACCCCUUCCCGCUGUGAGGAUAGUGGGUGUGACGAUGGAAGGUCCACAGAGGAUUUUUGUUUUUUGUUUUUUUAAGAAAAAAGAUGAAAAA